AUGGAGAAGGCAGCUGGCAUGCCUUCGAAAGCUCUCGGCCUCAAGGGGGACAAGACCAGCAGGGAGACCGUGCCGGUCGGCAAAGGCGGGGCUAAUCGCUACAAGAAGGUGCUUCGCGACAACAUCCAGGGCAUCACGAAGCCUGCGAUCCGCAGGCUUGCGCGUCGCGGCGGUGUGAAGCGCAUCAGCGGCCUCAUCUACGAGGAGACGCGCGGCGUCCUGAAGCAGUUCCUGGAGAACGUGCUGCGCGAUUCGAUCACCUACACGGAGCACGCUCGCAGGAAGACGGUGAGCCCACUGGACGUCGUGUACGCGCUGAAGCGCCAGGGUCGCACCAUCUACGGCUUCGGCGUCUGA